UCCGAGCACCGCCGGCCGCGGCUGAGGAGCGGGACCGGGGUCGGGGACCCGGCCCGGGACAUGGGCCGCCGGAGGGCAUCGCGCGGGCCUGGGGCCGAGGGCGCCCGCGCCCGGCGCCCGCCCGGCCGCUCCCUGGAGGCGCUCGCCGAGGAGGUGGGCGCCGCGCUGCGCGCGUGCGUGGAGCCCGCGGCGGCCGAGCAAGCGGGCGGCCCGGGCCCGGCAGCGCUGCCCUGCCCGCUGGCCAUGUGGGAGCUGGGCCACUGCGACCCCCGGCGCUGCACGGGCCGCAAGCUGGCCCGCCUGGGCCUGGUGCGCGGCCUGCGCCUGGGCCACAGGUUCCGCGGCCUGGUGCUCAGCCCCGCGGGCGCGCAGUGCGUGUCCCCGGCAGACAGGCAGCUGGUGGCCCGGUCUGGGAUCGCUGUUAUAGACUGCUCGUGGGCCAGACUGGACGAGACACCCUUGGAGAAGAUGCGGGGCGGCCACACGCGGCUGCUGCCCUACCUGGUGGCUGCCAACCCUGUCAACUACGGCCGGCCCUGCAGGCUUUCCUGCGUCGAGGCUUUUGCUGCCACCUUCUGUAUUGUGGGCUUUCCAGAUCUUGGUGUCAUUUUGCUGCAGAAGUUUAAGUGGGGCAAGGGCUUCUUGGACCUGAACCGCCACCUCCUGGAUAAGUACGCUGCCUGCAGUGGUCCGGAGGAGGUAGUGCAGGCAGAACAGGCGUUCCUGGCCAGCGAGAAGGACAGGCCCCAGGAGGAGGAAAUCGAUCCCUUUGAUGUGGAUUCAGGUCGAGAGUUUGCAAACCCCAACAGACCUGUGGCCAGCACCCGACUGCCUAUGGAAACAAGUGACAGCGACGAGUCUGAGGAUCAGGGGCCUGGCUCUGAGGACGGAGGCGGCAGCAGCAGCAGCAGCUGCUCGGAGGAGGAGGAGGAGGAGGCAGAGCAGGAAGAGGGGGAGGAAGAGGAGGCGGCGGCGGCUCCUAGAGCCAGAGCCCCAGCCCCAGCUUGGAAAGGAAUUAAGUAACGGCAAAGAGACUGAAGGAUGCAGACACGACGUUGUUGAGAGGACUGGAAGUCCAGCGACAGCAGUGGGACAUGGGGUGGACAGGGCCUGGCAGCACCAGCCCGCUGCAGCGGCCCGCAGGGCUGAAGGCCCGCCUUGGGCUCUCCGCAAGCCGCAGGCCUUGGAAGGGGGGGUCUGGGCACGGAGGGCCGGGAGCGCGCUGCCUGCUGGGGUACGCAGCGGGGGCACGGGCUGUGCUUGCAUGCACGUGUGUGGAGGGCAGCCGAGGGACACCGAGCUCCUUGUCCUGCUCGUCAGCCUCUGGGACCCCGGGAAACCUCCCGAAGCUUGGGGCCAGAUGGGGCCUGGGAUGAGCACGCGCAGCCCUGCCGCCUCCUGUGAGCGGCGCUUCCAGAGCCAGGAGAGGGAGCCGAGCUCGGCACUCACACCUCGCUUUCCUUAAAAGUUGGGUCACCCAAACCUGA